CCACAGACAGGCUGAGCUCACACUGAGCGGCGCCAUGCACUACGUUCGGACCGACAGCUAGCGAGCAGAUAUGCCUCCUGAAGAUCUCCACCCAGCCAUGUCUGCUCUGUCCAGGCCGCACAUUGUCGCAAUAUUUCACUGAUACAAGAUGCGAAGAGGGAAUACGUGGCCCAAAAUGGCGGGGUUCUGACUCUUAUUUUCAGUCUCGCUCGGUGUAGCGUGGCACAGGCAGUGGAUCGUUUCCAAAGUUGUCGGUAGCAGUGCGCGUGUGAAGGAUCGGACUUAAAGGCGCAGCGCACCCGGUUGCAGCCUAAAACAUGGAGAAUCAGCAGCAGCAGAGCGAUUUGGAGCGAGAUCGACAGUACUGUGAACUUUGUGGGAAAAUGGAGAACCUCCUCAAGUGCGGUAGGUGCCGGAGCUCCUUCUACUGCAGCAAGGAGCACCAGAAACAGCACUGGAAGAAACACAAGCUCAUUUGCAAGGAGGCGGACAAGGCGCAGCUUCCCAAACAGACGACCGAGCAGGCUGCGCCGUCUGGGGAUGACAAGGCACCGGAGACAAGCCGAGAAAAGACGAGCCCUGAUCAGGCGGACAGUGCGUCUUUACCGCAGACCACACAGACAGAAGCACCUGGGCCCGGGGACAGACCGGUAGAGCAGGGGUCCAACAACACCGCCACACCUAACGGACAAACCAGCUCGACCCCUCAGAAACUCGCCACGGAGUACAUAGUCCCCUGUAUGAACAAGCACGGCAUCUGUGUGGUGGACAACUUUUUAGGAGCGGAGACUGGGCUAGGCAUCUUGGAGAACGUCAAAGCCCUGCACAAAACUGGCAAGUUCACAGACGGACAGUUGGUCAGCCAAAAAAGCGAUUCCACUAAAGACAUCCGAGGGGACAAAAUCACUUGGAUAGAGGGGAGGGAGGCCGGCUGCGAGAAGAUCCGCUUUCUAAUGAGUCGCAUGGACGACCUGAUAAGACACUGUAACGGCAAACUGGGAAACUUCACGAUAAACGGAAGGACCAAAGCAAUGGUGGCGUGUUACCCUGGAAACGGGACAGGAUAUGUGCGCCAUGUGGAUAACCCAAACGGCGAUGGGCGGUGUGUCACAUGCAUAUAUUACCUUAAUAAAGAUUGGAGUGCCAAGGAACACGGUGGCCUUCUUCGAAUCUUCCCAGAAGGAAAGGCCCAGUUUGCCGACAUAGAGCCCAAAUUUGACCGUCUGCUGCUGUUCUGGUCAGAUAGACGGAACCCUCACGAGGUUCAGCCCGCCUUCGCCACCAGGUAUGCCAUCACGGUGUGGUAUUUUGACGCAGAUGAGCGAGCCAGAGCUAAAGAAAAAUACUUAACGGGUGCAGGAGAAAAAGGAGUAAAGGUUGAGCUCGGCAAACCAUCAGAUCCCAGCUAAUGGGAAGCCUGCUUCCCCUACAAACGGCCAUUAAGUGCUCGGUCCUACGAAAGUGGCCUAUAGAGCGCAUGUGCGUGUGUGUUUUACAUGGCAAAACUGCAGACUUUUGCUUGAAUGUGUGGUAUAUCCAUGCUUAUGGAGACAAAACAGUCAAAUACAGUGAUUUCUGUUCAUUUCCAGCACACCAGGGCAACACAGCGGACCUUGAAUGUCAUGACAUUGUACUGAAAGGGAUUGUGUUUUUGUUUUGUUUUUUCCUUUCAUCUCUUUGGUGGAGAAUGCUUACGUUACAGCAGACAUCAGAAAAUGACUUCAAACAGGAAUUAAGCUUGCAAUAGAGUGAAUCUAUUGCAUAUUGGUUUUCACAGUUAAUUCCUUAAAGGUACAGUGUUCUGCAUAUGCUUAAUGUGUUAUGCUUUUCACAUGGAAUCAGCUCUUAUAAGCUACUGUAUGGCAAAAUGUGCUUGUUUGCAAUAAUAUGAGGAACGAUCUGAAUUAAAAACACCAUUUUUCUGACAGAAA